UCCCGGCGUGCCCCGCGCGCGAUGGCGGCGCCCGCGCUGUGCCGGCGCUGCGGGCGGGCGGCGGGCCCGUGGGGCCUGCGCCGGGCCCCGCUCCCGCCGCCGCCGCCGCCGCUCCGCCGCCGGGCCCACGAGCAGGCGCGGCGGGCGCGGGGCGCCGCGGGGCUGCUGGCGGCGCAGUGCGAGCGCGGGCUGUUCCAGGAGGUGUUCCCGGCGCAGAGCGCGGAGGAGCAGCUGCCGGCGCUGCUGGGGCCGGGCCGGCCGCCGCUGGCCGCCUACUGCGGCUUCGACCCCACGGCGGACUCGCUGCACGUGGGGCACCUGCUGCCCGUCAUGGCGCUGCUGCACUUCCAGCGCGCGGGGCACGACGUCAUCGCCGUGGUGGGCGGGGCCACGGCGCGGCUGGGGGACCCCAGCGGGCGGGAGCGCGCGCGGGAGCCGCUGCCGGCGGGGCGGGUGCGCGCGCAGGCGCGGGCGCUGCGCGCGGGGCUGGAGCGGCUCUUCGGGAACCACCGGGAGCUGUUCUGGGAGCCGGGAGCCGGGCGGCUCGGCAGCGCCGCCCUGCUGGACAACGCCCGCUGGCUCGGCCGGGAGCCGCUGCUCCGCUUCCUGGGCGGCGCGGGCGGGCGCCUCCGCAUGGGCACGCUGCUGAGCCGGCAGAGCUGCCAGGCGCGGCUGCGCAGCGCCGAGGGCAUGAGCCUGGCGGAAUUCCUGUACCCGGCGCUGCAGGCCUACGACUUCCUGCACCUGCACCGGCACCACGGCUGCCGCAUCCAGCUGGGCGGCCACGACCAGAUGGGGAACAUCAUGUCCGGAUACGAGCUCGUCACCAAGAUGACAGGAGCAGAGGUGUUUGGAAUUACUGUACCUCUUAUUACGAGUACUACUGGCGAUAAACUGGGAAAGACUGCUGGAAAUGCAGUUUGGCUGAACAGGGAGAAGACUUCUCCUUUUGAGCUCUAUCAGUUUUUUGUCAGACAGCAAGAUAACGUAGUUGAAAAAUACCUGAAACUAUUCACCUUCCUUCCUCUUGAGGAGAUUGCCCACAUCAUGGAAAUGCAUGCUAAAGAACCUGAGAAAUGGGGCCCUCAGAAACGACUGGCUGCUGAAGUAACUAAGCUUGUCCAUGGUAGAGAGGGGCUGGAAUCUGCUAAGAGGUGCACUAAGGCCCUUUAUUACAGCAGUGUGGAGGCACUGGAAGAAAUGUCUGACCAAGAGCUACAGGAACUUUUCAGACAAGCUACUUCUGCUGAACUGAUGCUUGAACCUGGGAUGACUGUUCUUGACUUGUGUCGCAAAGCAAAUGCCAUUCCAGAUGGACCUAGUGGGUACCGGAAAAUUACAGAUGGAGGAGUUUCAAUAAAUGGGAAUCGUGUAACUAAUCCUGAGACUGUUCUUAUUCUGGGACAGCAUAUUCUGAAGAAUGGAGUAUCAUUACUUAGGGUUGGAAAGAAAAAUUACUACAUUAUAAAAUGGCUGCAGUUGUGACAACAGAGUAUCUCCCUAAAAUGGCACGUCUCUUAAGUGUGCUGCUUGAAGAUGUACUUGAAGAUAUUCCUGUACUGUGCAUUACUACACAGCUUACAGACUGCCCAGUACUUUUUCAAAAUGCACGAGAGUUCAAAUAAAGGAGCUGAGUUAUACCACUGAAGAGAUUGUAGAUACUCUGCCUUAUUCAAAGCACCAUUCAUAAGGAUCUGCAUAAGAAGAAAAUGAAAAGAUUCAUUUCAAAGUCCAGCGAUGGAGAUGCACUUCCCCUCCUGUAACAGCCCUCUG